AUGUCUCAAUCGACUGCUGCAUCAGGUGAAAAGCCAAAAGUCAUAAAGACAUAUGGGAGAGUUCCAAGUCUUACGUGUCACGAGAAUAGCCCCUCAAGAGCGCAAAAGUCAAAGAUCGUGGAACUUCAAGAUGUAUCAAGUCUCCCUAAUAUUGAUGAAAGUCCUUCGCAACGUAAGCGAGAAAGCGUUUCACUUUUACCGAAAAAACGCGCUGCAAUUACUUGUUCAACUGACAACAUUCAAUACUAUUCACUAGAAGUCAAACAAAAAUCCAUUAAUGAUUUUUUCAAAUCAAAAACCGUCGUUAGGAUCGAAAAUUUAUCGGGUGAUGAAGAUGAUGAUUCUGGAAAUAUUAUAAUUAAGAGACAACGAAAGCAAACGUAUCCUUUGAUACCACGAUUCAAUUCAGAAAAUAACGCGAAAACUCACUCAUGUUCUACUUCACCGCCAAAGAAGCGUGUCAAACAAGCGGAACAAAUGUUUCUUGAUUUUGGGCAAAAGAAUUUCAGUACUUACACAUGUCCGGAGUGUCAUAUGCCUUAUAGUCGAGGCACAGUCGAAGAUGAAGCAAUACAUGCAAAAUAUCAUAAGGCGGUUGUCAGAGGAAUUGCUUAUACGAGUUAUAAGCAUGAAAUUAUGUUAAAGCAAUUUCCAGAGGAUAAUAGUCGCAUAAUGAUGCUCGUAUAUAGCCAAUCCAAUCCGUUUGAAAAGCGAAAGAUACUCCAAAUUCUUGAUGUAAUUGAUACAGAAUUGAACUCUGUGGAACUAAGUGAGGAGAAACUAGAUCAGUGCAAGAUUUACUUGUAUGUUACUGACAAGAAAAGGGUUGAAGGGUGCGUAAUAGCUGAACCAAUUACGCAAGCAUACAGAAUUUUACGCGGUGAUAAUAACGGUAUGCAAGUUGAAAAAAUGCAAGUCGGGACAUCAAAUAAUGGAUCUGCGAUUUUUUGCUUUACAAAGCCAAUUCAAGCUAUUUGUGGAAUAAACCGAAUAUGGGUAUCCAGACCAUAUAGGAGGAAAGGUAUUGCGACAAAACUAUUAAAUACUGUUAGAGAAAAAUUUACGUAUGGAUGUGUUCUCAGAUCUAGUGAUUUGGCAUUUUCGCAACCAACUGGAGAUGGCCAAGCUUUUGCCGCUCAUUAUACUGGCACUAUGGAAUUUCUUGUGUAUACUGAAAACUAA